AAAUGAAAACACACAGUUGUUUUCUGUCUGGCAUCCAACAAUCUCAAUUAAUUCCGAAAUUUAUAACAAAUCUCUGCAAGAAGAAUGUCCACGACGAACAAAGAUCCGUCAAAACCAGAAACCAUACAAGAUAUUGCUUUCAAAUUAGCCGAAGAACAGCUGCAACAACUACAAUUAGACAACGGACCCAGAGAGCGGACGGUGUUCAUACUCGGCUCUAAAAAUGUAGGCAAAACCACGGCCAUUAAUAGUUUCUUUGAUCGUGAGGAGACACCACGUCCCACAUUGGCAUUGGACUAUUCGUAUGCCCGAAAAACCGCAGCUGUACAGAAACAAAUUUGUCACAUUUGGGAAUUGGGCUCAUUGGACCGACAAUUGGCUGAGGUGCCACUGAGAAGUCAGGGCGUGGAGAAUUUAUCGUGCAUCAUUAUGGUGGAUUUGUCACAACCUCAACGUUUGUGGUGCGACUUAAAAGAAUCAUAUGAAAUUUUAAGGAAUUAUUGUGACAAAUUAAUGGUCAGCAAAGGCGAUGACGAUGUCUCUGAAAGAGAAGACAAGAUGAGACAACGUGUCAAGAAGGAUCAUGUCGAUUUGGCUACACUAAAUGUAAUGCCAUUUCCAGUAAUUAUUGUCGGUGGCAAAUAUGAUUUAUAUAUUGGGUUUGAACCGGAAAUAAAGAAACACAUCUGCCGCUGCUUACGUUCUAUGGCUCAUCUGAUGGGCGGAGGUUUGCUCUUCUAUUCAAAUAAACUACAAAAAUUAGCAAAAACUCUACGGGAUACAAUUAGCCAUUUGGCUUUUGGUUCACCCUCACAUCCAUUUCGCAGUCAUAAUACCGAUUACAAUGAUGCUCUGUCCAUUUGGUACGGUAAUGAUACAUGGGAUAAUAUAAGUUCAAUGGGUGUCCAAACUCUACAAAGUAUCGAAUCAAAUAUAAAUGAAGAAAUACCACAAGACUUCUCAAGUCUGCAACAAGAACAAAAACAUCAAGAUCCUGCCAAGGAUCCUGGUUUUCGUGAAAGUGUUAUUGAUGAAAUGCGUGCCCAAAAGGAUGAAGAGUUACGGCUGCUGGUAAAGAAUUCUACGCAAAAAAUGCUAAGGGGUAAAUUUGAAAGUGUUAAAUAAACAACAUGUGUUUAAAUUAAUUUAAUAUUAGACUAUAAUUAAUU